AUGAAAGUUAAUAUAAUAUAUUUUCUUCUAGAUAUAGAUAUAGAUAAAGUCUUCCUUGGUGCUUCAGAUUUAGACGAAGAGGGUGUAUGGAAAUGGUUAAAUGGUGAACCAGUAAAAAGCACCCUGUUCCGUCCAAACGAACCAAAUGAUUCUAAUGGUCGGGAACAUUGCCUGAUUGAAAGUAGAGCUGGUUACAAUGAUGUAAGGUGUUCUCUAGAUCAUACAUAUAUUUGCGAAGUUCCAACAAAAAAUGCAUAUUCCCCAAAUUGA